AUGCAUAUCAACAUAUCCCGCGCGUGCGAGAGUGAAUCCUCGCUGGACCGCAAAGCAUGUUGUUUUUACCAGCCAGAACACCUGUUGAGUUUUUUUUUGACCUCCGCGGAGGCUCCGAAACUAAACGAAGGAGAGAGGGAGAGCGAAAAGGCGAAAAAAGAAGAAAAGGAGCUUCGGGAAAGGAUUCAGACGGAGAUUUCGGCAUAUUUCGAUACCGCGGUCGUGGCUUCGCACAUUUUAAACACUGUUGAUGCGGUGUUGGUGGCGCUUUCCACAAACGCGAUGGAAAUAAUACAACCACUUCACGUCCUUGUUAUGGAGCUUAUGGAGCAGUUGGAAGCGACCAUCCAAAAUGAUAACAAGGGCGACAAUGGAACUAAAGACCCCAACGAAUCGGCGGAAAAUCGUGACGAACCGCUCAGUACGUGGCCAUUAUACUGCGUUUUGCAAUUUCUUAUUGAGCAGGGCGGGUUUUUGACUUCCGCCUUUCCACAAAUCCACCACGCGUAUGAUCUCCUCUCGCAAACAAACCCCUCCAUCCGACACCAUCGGCGCUUUCUCGAGCGCACGAUUCGCGAGUUUCGCGUUCAGGAAGAGGAUCCGAGACUCGGGGAGGGGUUCGAUGGGACUUAUCCCCAAAAAGGUUUUUUUAUGGAUAUUCAGCGACGUUUAAAUGAAUUCACCACAUCCACCUUGGAAAAAAUGGAGAUGGCGGGGGGCGAUAAGGGGGACUGGAAGAGCCGCGUGAAAAGAGGUCGUUUAGGGGUUCAGGCCGUCCCCGCACGACUUCCAUGGACGAUGCAAAGAACGAAGUUCACACAUUAA